CGUAACGUUGCGACGCGGAAAUCUUUCGCCCCUGGCCUCACUCCGCGUUUAUCCAUUAAGGUACUUUAGACAUCGCAGUACUCAAGUGAUCCACCUACAACAACCGAUCACUCUACGACAUUGAUUAUGCACUCAAUGCGUCCAGUAGCCGCACGAGGGCUUCACUCUGCUUUGCACGUUGUAGCCUCCAGGACCGCAAGAUCAACUACAACACCAUGCCUAUUCUGCGCGCACCGCGCAUCACCGCAGAAAUCAUCGCGCCGUUACCAGUCAACGUCAACUGCUCGCGAAGAGCCGUUCAAAGCUCCGUCAGCAUCACAGUCAUCGCAAACGCAUUACUCGUUCUUUCCUAAGUCUCUGUUAGCUGGAGCACCGCCGGAGGGACCAUUCAGCAUCGACCUAAACGCUUUGAAGCGAGAAUUCCUGCAGCUCCAGGCAAAGGCGCAUCCUGAUAUGCAUCCGCAAGAAGACAAGAAGCGAGCCGAGGCCACCUCUGCACGAAUCAAUGAAGCCUAUAAGACGUUGCAGUCCCCAUUACACCGCGCACAAUACCUUCUUUCGCAGCGCGGUAUCGAGACCGCUGAAGACGAGACAGCGAAGGUAGACGACCCAGAGUUGCUCAUGGAGGUAUUGGAAGCAAGAGAACAGAUAGAGGAGGCAGAGUCAGAGGAGGACCUUGUUGAGAUGAAAGAUGAGAACGAGGUCAGGAUACAAGAAAGCAUCAAGACGCUCGAGCAAGCUUUUGCUGAAGACGACAUGGAAUCGGCGAAGAGCGAGACAGUCAAGUUGCGGUAUUGGAUGAAUAUCAGUGAGAGCAUUGCGAACUGGGAGAAGGGCAAGCCGGUUGUGCUCGAGCAUUAAGCGCCACGGUCCACCACCAAUUUUGAAUAUACCCUACAUCACCUGAGACAUCUGACCACAACGCCGAAACCUCCUCGAAAACCGUGAUGCUUUCAGCAUUUAUUCGAUAGUGGUUCGGCGUUCU